GACCUUAACAACAAAUGCAUAAAAAAAACAAAUUGCAUUAUGAGAAUCCUCAAGAACCUCCCAGCCUUCUGCAUCCUAUGUGCCACUCUCUUCUUUGCAUCAACCAAUGCAGCUAGAUUCGAUAUCCGAAACAACUGCCCCUUCACAGUCUGGGCAGCAGCCGUGCCAGGCGGUGGACGCCAACUUAAUAGAGGCCAAAGUUGGGCCCUAGAUGUGCGUGCCGGAACCCAAGGGGCUCGCAUUUGGGCCCGAACUGGAUGCAGCUUUGAUGGAGCCGGACGUGGGAGAUGUCAAACAGGUGAUUGUGGGGGUGUCCUCCAAUGCCAAGCCUAUGGCCAACCCCCAAACACCCUAGCUGAGUAUGCCCUUAACCAGUACAACAACUUGGAUUUCUUUGACAUUUCCCUUGUUGAUGGCUUCAACGUCCCUAUGGACUUUAGCCCCACGUCUAAUGGGUGCACCAAGGGCAUCAGAUGUACCGCUGAUAUUAAUGGGCAGUGUCCUAACCAACUGAGGGCUCAAGGAGGCUGCAACAACCCUUGCACUGUGUUCAGGACUGAUAAAUAUUGCUGCAAUUCUGGGAGCUGUGGCCCAACAGACUUGUCUAGGUUUUUUAAGGAUCGGUGCCCGAGUGCUUAUAGCUACCCGAAGGAUGAUCCAACGAGCACAUUUACAUGCCCUGGCGGGACCAACUAUAGGGUUGUGUUCUCAGCCAGUUUCAACAUCCGAAACAACUGCCCCUACACUGUCUGGGCAGCAGCUGUGCCAGGCGGUGGCAGACAGCUCAACCGAGGCCAAACAUGGACGCUAAAUGUGAAGCCUGGAACUAAAAUGGCUCGAAUUUGGGCCCGAACCAAUUGUGCCUUCGACAACUCAGGUCGUGGCCGGUGCCAAACCGGCGACUGCGGAGGAUUCCUCCAAUGCCAAGCCUAUGGUUCACCCCCAAACACCCUAGCCGAGUAUGCCCUAAACCAAUUUGGAAACAAGGACUUUUUCGACAUUUCACUUGUAGACGGGUUCAAUGUUCCAAUGGAAUUUAGUCCCACGUCUAAUGGGUGCACCAGGGGGAUCAAAUGUGCUCAAGAUAUCAAAACGCAGUGCCCUAAUGAGUUGAAGGCCCCAGGUGGCUGCCACAACCCUUGCACUGUGUACAAAACUGACAAGUAUUGUUGCAAUUCGGGGAGAUGUGGGUCUACAAAUUUAUCCAAGUUUUUUAAGGAUCGGUGUAGGGAUGCUUAUAGUUACCCUAAAGAUGAUCUAACUAGCACUUUUACUUGUCCUGGUGGGACUAAUUACAAGGUUGUGUUCUGUCCUUGAAUCACGUUGUUUCUCCAAGUUAUGUUGUGUGGCGUUUGUAAGAUGUGUACUAAUAUGAAUCCUUAAUAAAUUGUGGCCACGACAAGAGUUUGAUUUUCAUAUCUCCUGUCUUCAAAUUUACAGAUUUAAUUGCGUGGUUGGAACAUUAAUUUUUUUUUUUUUUUGAAUUAUACAUAUGCAACACACUAAAAUGAGUAUAAAAAACUGUUAAUCAAUAUAUGCUGUCAGAAAAUAAUUCAGUUCUGGUGGUACCUUUUUAUUUUAUCUCUUUCAAUCUCAUCAAAGCUUAUGUUGAAUUCAUCAUCAGCCGUUGCAUGAUCCUUCAAAAUUUCACAUUAGAGAAAAGAGAGCAAACGAGAAUC